UUUCGAGUAUAAAGUAGGUGUAGUUCAUUAUUGAGUUUUAUCAACAAUACUUCUACAAAAAUAUUCGAGGAAGGUAAUUCUUCAGAGAAUCCCUCCGACUCAUUCAAAAUGAUAAGCGAUGAUCUUUCGGGAACGUCAAACAUCGAGCUUGUAAAAACGGAAGCAACUGGCGAACCAGAAGAGUCACGUACAUUAGGGUGGGGAACCAGCAUUCAGGUUCCGAUUGUGUUAAUCGAGAGAUUAUCAGCUCAAGAUCGUGUCAAGGUUGAAGAGUUUAUUACCAAGCUUAUCACUCGGCACAACGAGCUCGAAGGUGAGAAAAUUGAGAUUAGGAAAAGAAGAAUGGAACUUGAGAAGCGUCGCCUCGAUAUUGCUCGCAAACUUCAUCGCCUCGAAGCCCACCCUUCCGAUUGGAUUGAGAUAGGCCUCUAAGAGUACGGAAACAUGUCGGGUUGCAUUCUGAGCAUUGUCGACCUCGCAGGCCAAGGAGCAGAGCUAUUCCGUAAUCUGAGACCCUUCUAGAUCUGGUUUUUGCUUAGCGUGAAAUAUUUCUUUA